AUGCCUUUUCCUCGCCUUUAUAAGGAGUACAAAGUGACAGGUCUUGACCGAGAUGCAGGCUACCAAUUCGUGAUCUACGGUGAACACACCCCAGAGGGGGUCGAUCCUACUACCUCCCUUUUUACCGGUGGACUCAACGGUCGAAAGAUUACUGCCUUCAGCCAGGAGGUCUUUGUGCCAAUGGACGCGAAAUCGGCUGCCCAAGUGCCUGAAAACAAACUCAAUGCCUCCUCUGAUGGCACAGACGGGGGCGGAUUCUUGGGUAUGAACACCAAUGCAUCCAACUCCCUGAUGUUCCUUAUUCUCGGGGUAUUGGCUGGUGCAAUGCUUAUUGUGAUGGUAUUCCUUAUCGCCAUCUGUUUCGUGCGUCAACGAAAGGAAAAACUUCGGUUACUAGCUCAGGCCAAUGCGGUCGGUAAAGGUCAUACUGCGUCCGGAACAUCUCACGAAGUAAUUAAUGGUGGCAUCGCGUCCAAAGUAAGCGGUAGUGCCAAUGAAUCAAUAGGUGGCGGAGGUCGCAAAAUUCCUUCAGUUAUUGGAGGCGGAGGCUUUCUUCUUGCCGAAUUGACCCCGAUCGCGGUGGCAAAUUUUCGCACUGCUCCCCCGCCAAUUAACUGUCGCCAGCAGCCAUCAUCGUCGCAGCCUAGCAAAAGCAACGCGGGGGACCCUUCCGGACUUGGUCCACGGGGUGGAUAUGAUCCAUUUUUCCUCACAACCUCACCGUCUGACCCUCACUAUCAUUCCCUAAACGAUGGGAACAAUUCCGGCGACACCAGUAGUUCCAUCCCUUCUGAAUUUGAUGCUGCAGCGGUUGCUGAUAUGAAACGCGAGCCACCUAGUGGUGGGUCGAUUCAUGGGGAUGAAUCUGACGGCGGGGACAAUGGUGGAGGUGAUAGGGCCCAGCACACCUCAAUGAUUCCCUCACCCACUAGGGAAGCUCUACUUUAUACAACACGGAUCUCUCCAUUUGACUACCACCUUCCGUCACUGCGAGCGUUCCAUCACAAUAAUCGGCGAUCGCCUCCGCCAGCUCUUGGCUCAAAACUGUCUCGAUUUGACCGGUCGCGAGUUUUUGACCAUGAACAUUUUCGUGACCAAUUGGGUCUUUUGAGACGAUUGGCUCCAUCACAUUCAUUUGCCAAUUAUCCAGACUCCUCAGCUGCUGAUUGUUCCAACGAGUUCUCACCUGCGCUACGAGCAAAAACUCCAACUUUUGGAAUUUCCACGGAACGAAUACUUCCUCCACGACGGAGAGUGUCACUUCUCAACCAGCGAAGUAUUUUUCACCAAUCCGUCGGGUUGACUGAGCAAGCUGAUGCAUAUACACAGACAACUGUGUCGAAUAGGGAUACUCGAAGUUAUAGUGCUGUUGGAGGAACUCCUCGUGGCAAGCGUAAAUUAUCGGCUAGUCUGUUAUCUAAAGGAGAACCACAUGUCGAUUUCGUGGACUCUCGGGAAUGUUCUAUUCAAAUGCCAUCCAUAACAUCCGUACCAGUAGCAAUGGGUGAUCUCAACCGGCAGGUCUAG